UAUGUAUGUGUGUGUGUAUGUAUAUAUAUGUGUGUGUGUGUAUAUAUGUGUGUGUGUAUGUAUGUAUUAUAUUUUGUGUUUACUGAUUGAUUGAUUGAUUGAUUGAUUCAAUUUUUGACCCCUUUAUUGUCUUUUCUGCCUUUUAUUAAAUAUUUUUAACCUAAUAAUAAUUCAUCUGUCAUCUGGCUGGUUUAUUGUGUUUCCAUUACUGCAGUCACCGUCUCCCGCUGUGAUCAGACGAGCUGUGUGCAUAAUUCCCCUGCCUUUUCAAACCCCACUACGGCGCAGGCUUGGCUCAUGAAUAUUAAUCGUUUAACCACGCUGACGUUGCUUGGUAACCUCCACGGCGUCCCGUUACGCAACGCAUUGAAUAUUCAUAAGCCACGCCUUCGCCUCCUUCGGAUUCGCCCGCUCACCCAGCGCCCACCCGCCGCCGGCCAAUCAGAGAGUCCUCUUUGUCGGACGUCACUCUGCGUGAUUAAUAUUCACGCGGCGAGCCUUCGCUGUAGUAGGAUCGCGGGCUCCGGUAGAGAAGGAGUUAACGGGGAGGGCGGAACUCUGCACCGGCCGCAGUAGAUGAUCGCAACAUUGAUAGCGAGAGGUACAGAGACGCUCCGACGCUCGGAGGAACGUUUUGCGAAUGCUUUCCGCUUGCGUCGCGUUGACUUCGCCAGCGGCGCGCUCGCGUCCUUCUGGAUGAUACGGCGGCAGCGCGCGCGGAUUCCGAAGCGGACACGAAUGCACUCGUGAACGUAAUAUCGUAUCGUCGCGCGCGUUCAACCCGGGAUGCGCAGACGCGGCUCGCGGCGUGCAGGUGGAUGAUGAGGAUGAUGAUUGAGGAAGGUGAUCCAUCUCAGCUUUGAAUGAAUAAUUAUUGAUUCGUGGAGGUUUUACACAGCUGGGAGGCGCAAUGCUCGCUGUUCACGCAUCAGGGUCCGCACCCGCAGCCGCCGGGUCACCCGCCUCCGGUGUGUGAGCGUCCGCGCGCGCGGCAGUCAUGUUGCCCGGUGUGGGUGUGUUCGGCACCAGUCUGACGGCGCGGGUCAUCAUCCCUCUGCUGCAGAACGAGGGCUUCGCGGUGAAGGCGCUGUGGGGUCGCACGCAGGAGGAGGCGGAGGAGCUGGCGCGCGACAUGAACGUGCCCUUCUACACCAACCGGAUCGAUGACGUGCUGCUGCAUCCGGAUGUGGAUCUGGUGUGCAUCAACCUGCCUCCGCCGCUCACGAGACAGAUCGCCGUGAAGACGCUGGGAAUUGGCAAAAACGUAAUAUGCGACCGAACGGCGACGCCGCUGGACGCCUUCCGCAUGAUGUCGGCGGCCCAGUACUACCCGAAGCUGCUCAGCAUCAUGGGUAACGUGCUGCGCUUCCUCCCCGCCUUCGUCCGCAUGAAGGAGCUGCUGGAGGAGGGUUACGUGGGCGAGCUGCUGGUCUGCGAGGCGCAGGUCCACGGCGGGAGCCUCCUCGGGAAGAAGUACAACUGGAGCUGCGACGACCUGAUGGGAGGCGGAGGGCUGCACUCGGUCGGGAGCUACAUCAUCGACUUGCUGACAUUUCUGACGGGGCGGCGCGCGGUGAAGGUGCACGGCUUCCUCAAGACGUUCGUCAAGCAGACGGACCACAUCCGCGGGAUCCGGCAGAUCACCAGCGACGACUUCUGCACCUUUCAGAUGGUGCUGGAAGGAGGCGCCUGCUGCACGGUUACGCUCAAUUUCAACGUCCCCGGCGAGUUCCGGCAGGAGGUCGCGGUCGUGGGGACGUCGGGAAGGUUAAAAGUGUGCGGGACGGAUUUGUACGGACAGAAAAACGACGGCGAAAAUGGACAGGAGCUCCUCCUGAAAGACAGCACGCCUGUCGGAAACGCGUCCCUGCCGGAUAAAGCGUUCCGGGAUAUUCCGUCUCCGUAUCUCACCGGCACCAUCUGCAUGGUUCAAGCCGUACGGCAGGCCUUCCAGGAUCAAGACGACCGGCGGACGUGGGACGGGCGGCCGCUGACGAUGGCCGCGACUUUUGAGGACUGUCUGUACGCGCUCUGCGUCGUGGACACGAUCAAAAAAUCCAAUCAGUGCGGCGAGUGGCAGAACAUCGUAGUCAUGACGGAAGAACCGGAAGUCAGUCCUGCAUACCUGAUCAGCGAGGCGAUGCGGCGCAGCCGAAUGUCGCUGUACUGCUAGCGUAGGGCUGGACGACGCCGGCUCAUUUUAUAUCGCGAUAUAUCGAUUCAUUUCGGUCGAUACGAUAUAAGGGGAAGUUACGCUGCACUUUCCGCCGGCUUUCAUUCACGUGAAUGGACCGGAAACGGAAGCGUGUGUGAAAAGUUUCGAUUCACAUCACGUGAUACCAUGUGACCAAUGGCAACGAAACAAGCGUAACGAUUGAUCGCUAAAAGGUCGCGAUUUUUAAAUGGCGGCGAUUCGCCUGUGUCUGUUAAAACCUUAAAUAUUUAUACAGUUCACAGAUACAGCGAUGAAAGUUUAAAGUUUAUUGUACGUAUACAUUGAUGUCCGCGGUGGCGAUCAAACUAGCGUUAAAAUAACGUUUCUGUCGAUUUCAUCGUUUUGCCACUAGGUAGCAAAAAGCGACUGUUAAGAAUUUAUAUGUGACUGAAUCGUUCAUUCAAGAGAUUCGUUCGAAAGCACCAAUUCAUCUAGUAAUGUAACAACUAAAGUAUUGAGUCAUUGAAUCAUUCACUUUUAAUAUAAAAAAUUGGUGCGUUAUAUAUAUUGUGUUUUAAUUUAAAAUAAUUUAAAUUGAAGACUUUUAAACAGAUUGCAGCAAUAAUAUUUUGUCACAUUAUGUUUAGUUCAGGAACAUGGGAGAUAUGAGGUUUUUUUAUUUAUUUAUUUUUUUUUUUUUUCAAAAUCGUGCAUCUCUAUGACAAUAUAAAAAAAAAACCCUUUAAGAACGGCCACAAUGGAUGUCUGCAAAAAUGAAUUUGCACAGUCUGUGAAACCUCCUUUUAUUAUUAUUUUUUUUAAAUUGAUGCAAAUACUUAAUUAUUAAUUUUUGUAUUUAGCCUUCAUACAAACAAUAAAUGUUUAAUCGCCAUCAAACAUAAGACUCCCAGACUUAUUAAUAUUGAUAUCUUUACAUUUAAAUGAUAACACAGACUGAUUAUUCAUAUAGAUUUAAUCAAAAGUGCUUCAGUGACAAUAAAGAAUAUGAAAAGUGCUUGCUGUAGAAAACAGAAAAGAGUGAAUAGCAACAAAAACACAGGAUGCUGGAGACGGGUUAAUGAGAAUUCAUUCUCUACCAGCAGGAGGCGUGUUUGGAGCGGCAGAAACGAUGUACAUCACCGCUAUUGAAAAAAAUAUAUUGCGAUAUAUAUUGACACUGAAUUAUUGUCCAGCCCUAUGCGGCGUGUGAGCGAUCGCCCAUGCUUCCGUACGGAGUUCAAUGCAUUCGGAGCAUUUGGAAAACUGGAGAAGUGCGUGCAACUGAAGAAAACAUGCGUUCGUGCCUCAUGCACGGAGUUCGGCUUGUGUUUUAAUGCGUUAAAACAUCGGUUGCUGGGAGUUUUGUCUCUAGUAUGCAAUAAAUCUGCUUUCGGAUGAAACGACAGCCACGCUUUGCUGAAAUGCCUUUGUACUUGAGACGUGUUUGUAGUCGCUGCGAAGAGCGAACGCUCAUUUUGACUGGUUCGCGGGAGUUUUUUCAAUGUUGUCCGUCUGCGCGACCCAGACGAGGUCGUCUACCGAUGCAGCAUCUGUCAGCACGUGUUUGCAUGCAAACAUGGACUCCUGCAUCAAACCAUGCCUGAAAACGCAUGAAAUCUCCACCCACACUGUAAACACCAGGAUUUUGCUGUGUAUUAUGAGGUAGAUCUGGACAAACACAAAGAGUAUCAGAUGUUUCCGCUUUGUUCGUACUGUUAUAUUUAAAACCCCUACGUUUGUGUGCUUUUUAACUGCUAUCUCGAUUGUUACGGCUGUAAAGCGGGCCUUCGUUUUCCAACCUGAAAGAUUUUGAAUUGUAAAUCCGCCAAAUAUGAAAUGGCAAAUGUCAUAUUAAUCGUCAGUGGUUCUCAACUGGUUUUGCUUCAGGAUCAGGAUCAUGCGGUGAGACAAAAGUGCACAAAAAAAACUCUUUUUAAAUCAAAAAACUGAAAUGAUAUUGAAAUUAUACAAUACAGGUCAAAAGUUUAUACUCAAUGCUUUUAAGAAGAAUUAAUAAUAAUUGAGCACCAAUAAUAACUGAGCAAUAAUAAUGCGUUGAGAAUGAUUUCUUAAGGAUCAUGUGAUACAAGAUGAUGCUGAUAAUUCAGCUUUGCGUUACAGGAAAAAAAUGCAUUUUACUGUAUAUUUAAAUAGAAAUUGGUUAAUUGAAAUUGUAAUAAUAUUUCACAAUUUUACCAGAUUUUUAAAGAAAAAAAUUUAGCUUUGGUGAGCAGAAGAGACCAAGAACGUUUCAAAAUCUUGUAUAUUCCAGACCUUUGACUAGCAGUGUAUACGACGUUAAUAUAUUAUAAAUUAAUACGAGCAUGAGCCGUUUAGUCCCAAAUAUAUGCAAAGUUAUUAACAUGAUAAACUGAAUAGGAAGACAUUUUGUAAAUGCUCGAAUGCUAGUAGAAAUCGUAGCUGACUACCUGUUGUGUUUUUGGCGUCAAGCAAACCUUUUUCUGUCUAAUUUGAUUGCCUUCCAGUAAAUAACGGAUGAAUUGGGUGAAUUGCAUUUGGUUUCUUAUUUUCCCCUUGAAUUUCCAAUCGCAAAACAGCAAGUUGAGGACCGCUGCUUAAGACUGUUGCAGAGCGUUGCACUUCUUUGAGGGCUAGUACAUGCCUUUUGAAGCCUGAAAAACACAAACCAAAAUGUUUCAGACACGCUAAAGGUGCUAGAGAUCUUUCAGUCUGAAGAUGUAUCGGUGUAUAUCUAGUUUAGGGGAUAUAAUUCAUAUUUAAAUGCAGUUGUCGCUACUGAAACUUUGCAGUGUGUGUGUGUGUGUGUGAGUGGCUGGAGACGCCCGUUAUCAAGAGUAGGGAACGAUUAACGUACAGAAAACAUUUAAAAAUCAGAUUUUUGAGUCCCUGUGUUUUGCUAAGCUCAGUUGCGCAGUGUUUUAUUCGUCUGUAUGCAUGCACUGAAGACGGGUGUAUCGGCGCUCGUCCAUCACUGUGCGUCUCGACGGCUUUAUACCGGCCUCUGGAGAAUCACGUGGCUGUGUUUUUACGCGUAUUUUAUGCUGCUUGGAGAAGCACCUGCUGUACAUUACUGGAAACGUGCUCUGCGUAGUUUAUAAAUCGUAUUUAUUACUCAUUCAGAGUGUUUGAUAUCAAAUCAGGAAGCGCGCGUA